GGGAUGUUAAGGGGGUUAUGGGGGGAGUAUGAGGGUGUUGGGGGGCGGUAUGGGGGUGUUGGGGGGGUGUAUGGGGGUGUGGACGGAGGGGAAUGGGGGUGUUGGUGGGGUAAUUGGGGGGGGGGGGGGGGGUGGUGGGGGGGUGUAUGGGGGUGUGGACGGAGGGGAAUGGGGGUGUUGAAGCCCAAGGGGAAAGCAUUUGGCUCGGCAAUUGUCAGCAGGAGGGUCAUCACAGUUGAACAUGUUGCGAGCAUCCAUGGUUGGCGGGCGCCUUCACUUUGUGAAGUUUGAGACCAGCAAACUCAACGAGUGCUUGGAGUUCAUAGAGUCAAUGAAACUUCAUUGCUUCAAUUAUCUAGGACUGGAUGGCCAAGAAGACACCAUCUGGGGGUAUGGUGCAGGGAAGUGCACGACGAUAAAGGCUACAGGUGGUGGAGCUUACAAGUAUGCUGAGAUGUUCAAGGAGAGACUGGGGAUUACCCUGGAGAAAGAGGACGAGAUGAUUUGUCUUGUUUCAGGGGCCAACUUCCUCUUGAGGACUAUCAGAGAUGAAGCAUUUACGCAUUUGCAGGGUCGAAGACAAUUCGUUGAGAUUGACACAAAAGAUCUCUUCCCUUAUAUGCUAGUUAACAUUGGCUCUGGCGUCAGCAUGAUUAAGAGGAAACGUUAUGGUUUGGGCUGUAAUGUCUCGUUUGUUGGUUUUAGCUUUGAUGAUAUUCUGGAGCUGAGUCAGAAGGGCAACAAUGCAGCUGUCGACAUGCUGGUAGGCGACAUCUAUGGUGACUUGGGCUACUCCAAGGUGGGGCUUGCAGCAACAACCAUCGCAAGCAGCUUUGGCAAGGUGGUUUCAGAGAACAAGGAGCUGCCAGAUUACAAUCCAGAGGACAUUGCCCUGAGCCUUCUGCGUAUGAUCUCCUACAAUAUUGGCCAGAUCGCAUACUUAAAUGCAUUGCGAUAUAACCUAAAGCGGAUUUUCUUCAGUGGAUUUUUCACUCGUGGCCAUGCGUACACUAUGGACACAAUGUCGUUCGCCGUUUCAUUCUGGUCAAGAGGGGAAAUGCAAGCUAUGUUUCUACGACAUGAGGGGUUCCUUGGUGCGUUGGGUGCAUUUAUGAGCCAUGAUGACCGAACAAGUUUGUCUCUGUUGACUCCAAGUCAAUGCAUUGAACGAUUCCCUGUGGGCGCUCCAUUUGCGGGUGGUGAGGUCCAUGGUCCUCCAAUACGUGAUGUUAAUGAGAAGGUCUCAUGGGUGGAGAAAUUUGUGAAGAUCGGAUCAGACAUUACAGGUCCCACUCCCACAGGCACAAUUACUGCAGAUGGUGAGGCCUGUGCUAGCGCUGAUGGUCUAGUUGAGAGGAAAGCAGUUGAUGACACAGGCUCAUCCAUGGCGGUUGGAGUACUGCAUCUGUGUCCACUGCUCGAGCCAUUCCCACUUCUGGCCAAUGCACAGACGUAUGAGCCAAAUACAGUGGACCUAGCAGAAGCUGAAGAGAGGGAGUACUGGCUUGAUAUUCUGGAGGGACACCUUCCCGGCUUAGUGGAAAAGGCUGUUGCUUGUGAGGGAGGCACAGAUGAUGCGAAGAGGAGGGGUGAUGCGUUUGCUCGUGCCUUCCGUGCACACCUUGCAAGGUUGAGAGAAGAUCCUGCUGCAUAUGGGAAGAUGGGACUUGCUAACCUUUUGGAGAUGCGAGAGGAAUGUCUGAGAGAGUUCCAGUUCAGGGAUGCCUAUCGUGCUGUGAAACAAAGGGAGAACGAGGCAUCGCUUGCAGUGCUACCAGACCUACUGGCAGAACUUGAUUUCCUGGAUCCUGAAAAGCGGCUGUUGGCGAUAGUGGAGGGAGUUUUGGCGGGAAAUAUCUUCGACUGGGGUUCCAAGGCUUGUGUAGAGCUGUAUACUAGCGGGACAAUUAUGGAGAUCUACCGAAUGAGCAGGAGUAAGCUACAGCGACCAUGGAGGGUGGAUGACUUUGAUGCCUUCAAAGAGCGCUUCUUCUGCAGGCAUGGAACUCGACAGGCGGAGAAUGGCGCAUUGAGACCUUCAUACCAGCGAGCAUUGCUGUUUGCUGACAACUCAGGUGCUGACAUUGUACUGGGUAUGAUCCCUUUCGCAAGGGAGCUAUUGCGGAAUGGCACUGAGGUGGUCCUUGUCGCCAAUGCUCUUCCAGCGAUCAAUGAUAUCACGAUAAGCGAAUUGCACGGUGUUAUUUCUGCUGCUGCCGAACAUUGCAAAGUGAUACAAUCGGCUGCCGAUAUUGGAGUUUUCAGUAGCAGCUCGACCUCUCCAGAAAGGUCCAGCUCCCCUGGAAUAAAAGCCUCUCAGCCAUCCGAUGGGGAAUCAGCUACAUCGGGACCUGGACUUUGGAUUGUCAGCAGUGGCUAUGGCUCUCCUUGUAUUGAUUUCCGGCAAUUGGCAAUGAUCAAGAAUGAGCGACUCGCGAAGCAGUUGGUUGGUGGGUCUAUCUAUGACUGCAUCUGCAAGUUCGAGCCCGCAGCCUAAGCUUGUGUGAACGCUCGGGGACUCUUGCACUGAUGCAACGAGGUUGCGAGAGGACACAUCCUGCACAGUGAGUCAAUCGCAGGAUGCUUGGAAGGUCCAAGAUCAACUCACAAAAAGUCGAACCCUUGACCUGCACAGUGAAUCAGGCACAGGAUGCUUGGAAUUCCCUGACGAACUCACCGGGGAUUGAGCCUGUGACAGGAUGCUUGGGAAUAAAACCUGCGAUCGGCACAGCGACGAAAUAAGAGGUCGAAGAUAGACGCACACGCAAUUGAACCUGUGACCUGCACAGUGAGUUGCAGAGAUGCUUGGAAGUCCAAGACCUGCACAGUGAAUCACAGGAUGCCUGGGAGUCCAAGAUCAACUUGAAGGAUUCGAACCUGUGACCUGCAAAGUGGCUCGCACGAUGCUUCAGCUUUGUCAAGCAUGCUUCAAGUUUCGAACAGUCCUUUGAGAGGUAGCAGUGCUUCAGCUUUGUCAACCCCGAUCCAGUAAUAUUGUCGGAGAGAAGAAGCCGAUUUUUAUUAUCUUGUAGAGAGCUCUUACAUCGACUCCACAUGACGUCUGUCUGAAUUGCAUGUACUGUACCUUUGCCGUCUCUGUGUCGCAGAGCGAGUCCCAGCCUGACAGGUAACUGUUCCUGCUGGAAUCAGAUGCAUAUAAGAAAUGUUAGGGGCUAUCUGCAGCUGCCCCCUUUAGAGAGGGGGGGAAAAAGCUACCAUCUUCACCCGAAUACAACGUACAAAUGUACGGUCGUUAGUGCUGUAUCUAGAUUCUAGACUCAAUGUUGCCGCAAAGAAACAGCUAUAAUAACCGAACGUUGUAUUCGGGUGAAGACGGUAGUGUGAACCUUCUUACAAGCAAAGUGGCUUUGUUCCUUGAGGAAGUCCCGCUCAACUACUAGCACGUGUCGGAUGUCCGCAACAUAGUAAUGCUGCUGGUUUCCCUUGCUGGAAAGGGGCCCCAUGAUAAGGAGACAGCGGGCUGUUUCCUCGUUUGAAUGCGUUGGAGAGUGCUACGCGGCUCGGGCGCCUCUGUCCAGCAAGGUGUAUGAUUUACUACUAGUCUAAUAGCCUAGUAAUAGGAGCCAUUUUUUUUCGGAAACCGAAAGGAACUGUAGGAAGGGGCAACGAGGAGGCUGGUUUUGUGUAAUUGGUGAGGUUAACAGGGUACGCUGGACCCGUUUUCCAGCAGGUGCAGCUUCCCAGCAAUGGAACGGAGCCAUCUAAGACCGGGAACGGUGGCGGGGGUGUCUGUUCUUAUCAGCACCCCCCCCACACCCCGUCGUCGAUGUUGAACAAAAAAAAGAAGAAGGGUAUGCUACUAUGAUAUUAUGUUAUUGAAUGGGAUAGCUAGAGUGUCUAAGAAGAGACUACAAGAGUACGAUAACCCCCAGGGCAUCAAGUUAGAGAGCAGAUGUGAGCAAUCGAUUUUGCGGUUUGGAACACGAGUUGGCAGGGGCUGAGCAUGACCUUCAUAGGCACAGACUUCUGCCUUGGCCGCAGAUUAAACUUUGAAUACGUCCGCUGUGGAGUCUAUUGGGUGCAACGUGACCGCAGCAGGUUGGUGUUGUGCACUUGCUGUGGAGGAGGUUAACAGGGUGUGUCGGUAAGUUUCUAUCUUAUUCUGUGGCAUUGAAUGGGAUGCGGGAACCGCCUGACAGGAGGCUAUAUAUAGCAUGGCUCAGGGCACAAGUGAGUGUGUGCAAGUGAGUGCUCAGAUUUUGGGAAUUGAAAAACAACUGGGUAGACUGAGCCUUGGAUUGACCCAGCAGUCUUCCUGGACCUCUCUCGGCUUCAACUUUUGUCCGUCCGUGAGUGAUGUCUGUCUGCACUUGCUUGUGGUGAUUUGCUCUGUAACCAGGGAUGUGGAAUCCAAAUCAGGGGGUACGAGGGAUGUUGAAUCGAAAUCAGGGGGUACGAGAGGUGUUGCAUCCAAAUCAG